ACUGUCAUACCACCACCCUACGACAUCACAUCACUCCACCCCCCCUCUUCACCACUUCGUGUGCGUUCGGUUCCAUGGAGAAGGCCACGAAGGCUGCGUUUAUUCUUCUUUCUCUCUUCCUCCUCUUCCCACAGCUCCGAGCUUCGGGCGACUGCGACUGCACCACCAAACGGGAAGCUCGAGACAGCGCCAAGGCGCUAACACUAAAAUUGAUAGCCAUCGCGGCGAUCCUAAGCGCAGGUGCCAUGGGAGUCCUAAUUCCGAUCCUGGGGAGAUCGUUCGCAGCCAUGAGCCCCGAGAGCGACGUGUUCUUCGUGAUCAAGGCCUUCGCCGCAGGCGUCAUACUUGCCACCGGACUGAUACACAUCCUCCCGGACGCAUUCGAGAGCUUGACGUCGCCCUGCCUGGGCGAGCAGCAGUGGCAGGACUUCCCGGUCGCCGGGUUCAUCGCCAUGUCUUCCGCGAUGGUGACAUUGAUGAUCGACUCCUUCGCCACGAGCUACUACGAGAGGUCGCACUUCAGCAAGGCGCGGCCUGUCGAGGAAAAGGACGAGAGCAAGGGGGACGAGGAGUCCGCCCGCGACCACGCCGGCCACGUCCACGUCCACACGCACGCAACUCACGGGCAUGCGCAUGGCUCGGCGGCGGCGGGCUCGCCGGAGGAGGCUUCGCUCUCCGACAAGAUCCGGCACCGAGUUAUCUCCCAAGUUCUGGAGCUGGGCAUUCUGGUCCAUUCCGUGAUCAUUGGCAUUUCACUGGGUGCAUCUGAAACAUCCUCCACCAUCAGGCCUCUGGUUGCAGCCUUGAGCUUCCAUCAAUUCUUUGAAGGCAUAGGACUCGGUGGAUGCAUCGUCCAGGCAAAGUUCAGAGCCAAGGCAACAGUGAUCAUGGCAGUCUUCUUCUCUCUCACAGCUCCGAUCGGCAUCUCCCUCGGCAUUGCGAUUUCCUCUAGCUACGACGAGACUAGCUCGACUGCUCUUAUCAUCCAAGGCAUCUUCAAUGCUGCCUCUGCAGGAAUUCUAAUAUACAUGUCUCUGGUCGAUCUCUUGGCCGCUGAUUUCAAGAACCCCAGAAUGCAGAGUAAUGGAAGGCUGCAAUUAGGAGCACAUCUUGCACUUCUUCUGGGUGCAGGUUUGAUGUCCCUUCUUGCGAGGUGGGCAUAGGGAUGAUUCCCGAUAACUGUGAGCUGAGGCUUAUCCGAGAAUAUUUUUCCUGCUAUCCUCGGGUACGCCCAACAGGCUACUUCACUUCUUACACGUUAGUUUUUCUUCGGUAAAGCAGUGCAAGUGAUUGCAAUGUUUGAAGCACUUGGGUUGCCACUUUGAUUUUCUUGAGAUCCUUGGAAUAAGGAGAGGGGGUGACCACCCGCCAAGAAAUAGAUUAUAUGUUUCAUUUUGAUGCAAAAAAAAAAAGAGAGAGAAAAAGUUAUUGCCUCCA